AUGCCAAUCGUGCGCUGUUCGUGGCGAAAGCCAAUUCGACCGGUUCAUACGUCUUUGCAAAUCACCCGGCAUGUCCCAACACGGCCCUCUAUACUCCAUAGACCAUACUCUACAACAUCCAAACACUCUAAUGUACCUCAAUGGCUUGUUUAUGGUGCCCCCGUACUCGUCAUAGGCGGUGUGCUUUACAGCCUGCGGUCUACCAACUCGCCGACUCUCGACGUGAUCAUAGACUCACCGGCAUGCAUCCCUGCAAAAGCACCGCAACCCACUUUUCUUAUUCCCUCUCCUCCGGACAAGAGCUUUCUAUCCAAGAUUGCCGAUUUCCUACGGCGGCAUAUCUUCUCUCCCAUACGGACAGGGCUACGCUUUCUUCACCUCGUCAUCAUCUUUUCUCCCGUCGUCUUCACUGCUCCUAUGCUUUUUAUUGGCGUGCCAGAUAGUAAACUUGGGGGCGAACGAUGGGGCGCUAUCUGGUGGUAUGAUGCCUUGACCAGGAGCAUGCAGCGAGCUGGUCCAACAUUUAUCAAGUUGGCACAAUGGGCAGCAUCCCGCCGUGACCUCUUUUCAAUGGAGCUCUGCAACCGGCUCGGUAGCCUUCAUUCGACCACCAAACCGCACCAUAUCGGCCAUACGAUCUCUGUCGUUGAAAAGGUCUUUUCGCGACCAUUUGUCGAGGUCUUCGAGUCGUUUGACCCGGAACCAAUUGGUUCAGGGGCGAUAGCUCAAGUGUAUCGUGCUACACUUCGCAAGGACCUCCUCUCGGAGGACUAUCUCUCGGCAAAGAGACCACGGACCUACUCUCCUUUCUCGCAUGACACCAAAGGGCCUCUUUCACUUCCCGUACCCCUUCCUCCUCUCACUCCAGAUCAGCCACCGCCGCUCUCGCCGACUGCCGUCGUCGCCGUCAAAGUCCUCCACCCAAAGGUUGGAGACAUGAUUCGCCGGGAUUUGUCAAUCAUGUCAUUCUUUGCACGCGUACUCAACCUUUUACCCGGAGUUCACUGGUUGUCGCUCGACCAAGAGGUCCAAGUCUUCGGGAGCAUGAUGAACGAACAGCUCGACCUGCGGCAUGAGGCCGCCAAUCUCAAGCAAUUCGAAGACAACUUUAAGAACCGGCGCACAGCGGCGGUGUCGUUCCCUCGACCACUGGCAGAAUACACGAGCCACGAUCUCCUGGUGGAAGAAUUUCAAUACGCAGUGCCUCUAGGCGCAUUUUUAAGAUGGGGUGGAGAGUCAUAUGAUACGGCCAUUAGUACCAUGGGCCUUGAUGCUUUUUUGAAUAUGCUUCUCAUUGACAACUUUGUGCACGCCGACUUGCAUCCCGGCAAUAUUCUCGUCAAGUUUUACAAACCAACAACCUCGUUUGUGCUCAAGUCAAUCAUGGCGUCCCUCUUCCACAGUAAACCUCCUGUCGACCCAGUCAAGACGUCUGAAGCCGACGCCGUGAUCACCGACCUCCUUCGUAUCCGGAAGACGGGCACUCGCGACGAAUGGCGCGCCGCUCUCCAUCGUCUCCACGACGAAGGAUAUCAACCCGAGCUCGUCUUUCUCGACGCCGGACUUGUCACGACACUCAGCGAACGCAACCGCCGAAACUUUUUGGAGCUUUUUAGGGCGAUUGCGACGUUUGAUGGAUAUCGUGCAGGCCAACUCAUGAUCUCACGAAGCGCGUCACCAGAGUUGGCAAUCGACCCGGAGACGUUUGCGCUCAAGAUGCAGCAUCUCAUACUGAGUGUGAAAGCGAAGACGUUUUCUCUGGGGCAGAUACGGAUAUCGGACGUGCUCAGUCAGGUGCUGAAGAAUGUGCGCGAACAUCAUGUCAAGAUGGAAGGAGAUUUCGUGAAUACGGUGAUCAGUGUUCUAUUAUUAGAGGGUAUUGGACGGCAGUUGGACCCGGGGAUGGACUUGUUCAAGAGUGCGCUGCCGAUUCUUCGUCAGCUCGGACGUACAGUUACAGCGCGUGAUGCGAUUCAGGAUGGUGUUCAGGGAAAUACGGGAGCGAUGAUCAAGUUUUGGGUUUGGCUAGAGGCUCGCGAGCUCAUCAAUGCGGCCGUGGUUAACGUUGACGAAAUGAUCAAGGUUGAUUGGCUGAGCCCGAAUCGCGGAUUAUCCAACCUAUGUCUCUCCAACGGCACUCUCAGGCCAGGGAAAGGCACCAGAUAUAUCCUUGCCUCCACCGAGGAACUCCAUGCAAAGAUCGACCAAUUACUCGAACGAGCAAGAGACCUCGAGGUUGCGCUCGACGCAUCAUAUUCCUUGCACUCUACCACCACGCAUGGGCUGCUAAGAAAGGACUUGCUCGUCGAAGGGUCGCGUCUCGCUCUCGAAAAGGAGCAUGAGGAGGAACCAGAAGUGCCAGUAGCUGCACUCGGUACUCUAAAAAUCUCUCAAAAGACGGGUGGUGCAGCGUGGAUCGGCUCAACGGCCUCGUCCUACUUUUUUGUUCAUGACGACGAUAACGCCUCGGUCACAUCCUCUGUUGACACCCUUCCGGAGCACGAUCAUAUGCUACGGGAAAUGUGUGGCUCUCUUCCCAGCAAAGAGGAAGCAUGGUCCCUGUUAGAGUCCUAUCACGAGAACUUUACGUGGAACUAUAACCCAAUUCCACGCACCGUCCUCAUUCGCGAAUUUCUAUCUCCUACAUAUGAUCCGCGUCAAGGUCCACCUUCUCUGCUUCACCUCUCUGUCCUCUUUUCCAUGUUCUCCAUCGGCAUCCUCGUAGAUCUUUCGAGGGCACCAAACUCGGCCGAGGCAAAGAUGUAUCGUGAUGUCGCCAAGAUCCCACUAGACAUUGAGUCUGUCUCAAAGGACACGUCGAUUGUCACGCUUGAAGCACUUAUUAUGUAUGCGCAGGCCAUUCAGUGGUCUGAUGAUCCCAAUGGACCCGCAAAUACGUGGACGUAUCUAAGCCUGUCAGUGACUUUGGGUGAAAGUAUUGGACUACACCGGGAUCCAAAAUCUACUUGGGAUAUGGACGACGCAAUGACCCUCCGUAGACGUCGCGUUUUCUGGGAACUAAUUUACAUGGUCACUUGGCAGUGCUUGAUUCACGGACGACCACCGCUGCUCACCCAACGCCAUAUCGAUGUUCAGUUGCCUCAUGAGGAGACAGAAGAGAGUAUGGGAACGGAUCCAGCUUUUCAUCUAUGGCGAUACCGAUGGACAAAGGAAAUCGGUUGGGUCAUAGCAGACCAAUUGCUCGCACCGGCCUAUCCGCCCACUCAUGCACUUGUCAUGAAGAUUGACAAAAAGAUUCGCGAAUUUGGAUUUCCAUGGGAUGUGGAUGUCAAGCCAGAAGAUCCCGACGACAUUGGCGUUUUGCAGGAUUUUGAGAACAUGAUGAUGAAUGGUAUCCUCGAACUCACCUCGUUGCAUGUUCAUCGAGGAUUCUUUGCACAUGCGCUCUUCCAGUGCCCGACAGAUCCUUUGACAUCUAAGUUUGCAGCGUCCGUUUAUGCAGCAUUUGGAGCGGCUUGUCGGAUCAUUCAGCGUUCUCGAGAUUAUCAUUCACGAAGACCCCUCAUCAUGAAGAGGAGUAACAUUAUGUAUUCUCACACCUUUUCUGCCGCAGUCAUUGUCGGUGCAAUUGCCACCCAAGCACCUCAAUGUUCGUUGGCGACCGCAGCGCUGCACGAACUGGAUACGGCCUGUGCCAUCUUCAAGUUUGGCCAAAAUAAUAUGCGUGUGCAAAAGAUACUGUAUAUUAUGACACGUUUACAGUCCAAAGCACGAGAUAUCUAUCAAUCUCGUGGCUCUAUGGUUCGAGCACCCGAAGCACCUGUAGACCUGCCAGGAAUCAUUGGCGGUCCGUCGGUUGUCAAAUCUGGAUCUCGUUCUCCCGAGGGGAGUACGAGGCAUAGCAACUCUCCAGAAAGUUCUUCCCCUGCGACAUAUGAACCCCAAAACCCAACCAUUCUCUCUUCGCCACCCGAAGUACAAGCCGCCAAUGAACCGCUCACCCCUCAGAACAGCUCUCGACCACUCCCAGAUGAAUAUGCAUAUACUCAACAGCCCUUUGAUACGGGAUAUCAGGCGGGACCUCCUGUUGAUUGGACGUCCUCACAGUACUUUGUUCCGCAAGCUCCGCCAGAGAUGUAUAUGCAACCUUCACGAAUAGGCGCUCCUCAGUCGCAUGACCCUUACGUCUGGCAGCAAGCGAACCCAAUGCCAGUACCAGAGAUACACCAGCGAAACGUACGCUCUUCAACCAUUAUUGCACCUGUCAGGACACCACAGUACCACGACAUUCACCCUCCGCCACCACCAGCCCAUCGCGUUCCACAGCAUAGUCACCACCAGUCGCGAGAGGUGUACCACAAUGUGCCGCAGUAUCAAUAUCCACUGCAUACCAAUCAGCAUCCGCAUUCUCACACACAGACCAUGGCUGAUAAUCAGAAUCUGGUGGUGGCACCAGACCAAAGCUGGUCGAUAUUUCUUGGAAGGAUGGGUGUACAAUAA